GUGAUGUGGCAGGCCUGACUUAAAUGGUUGAUUGCAUUGCCGAUGUCGUUCUCGGCAAAAUAAUUGUCGUGUGUUGUCGUGAGUAAAUCUCAUUUCCACCGGAUUAAAAAUAACAGUAAAACCCAAAGUAAUUUACUGAUAUUAAAAAUAAUCAUUAACGCAAAUAACUCAGCUAAAUGAGCCACUCAUCAAUAAACAAACAAGUUAAAUAAUAAAUUGUUUAUUUUAAAAAGGGUUACUGGGCUGGUUGCUGUUAUCAGAGUGAUGAUGGUGUGACCCUUCAUCAUAACGUUCCAUGUAAACAUUGCAAAUGAGCUUUGUGCGUUUCAAUUUUAUUUUAUCAGCUUAUUUAUUAUUUUAGUAGUUACUAUUUUCUGUUUACUCAUAUUUUUUUAUAUUUAUUGCCAUAAGUUUAUUAUUAUUUAUACUCAUAAAUAUGAGUUAUGAUUUUUGAUACUCCAAAUUAUGACCACGUUUAUGAUUUUCUGAUAAUUUAAUUUUUUAUCUGAUGAAAAUAAUAAUGGAUCAGCAAAAUAUCAAUGAAAUAAACGUUGAUCAGUCGAUUUCAGAGGCUAGUGAACUUUCUGCUUCAGUUGUUAAAGAAAUACCUGAUACUGAAAAAAUAGCUGACACAAAUGAUGACACGAAAAAUGAUGGUGAGGUUAUGGAGCAACUAAAUACGCCGAAUAAAAUUCAUCAGUUGCCGGACAAUUGCGUCGAAAUUAAUAAUUCUGCUGGCGAAGAAUCUAAUCAUGAUAAGAAAGAAGAUGCUGAGGCAGAAAAUAUCAACAUGACUGUAGAUGAAGGCGAUGAUGAGGGAGAAAAAGCUGAUACAUGUCAGGUGGAUGGUGGUAAGGUUCAAGCUGAUGAUGGCAAGGAACCAGAUCAAGAACAACCAGCAGAAAGUAAAAUGGAUGUUGAUGGCGAGGUAGAGGUAGAGGCGACCAAAGAGUGCGAAGAGGCUAAAGACAGUUGUAAUUCAGUUGCUACUGAGGAAGUGGUUGAUAAUGACCAGGUGGUGACUGAAGAGGAGACUGUUGGAGAUACGAUAGAUAUGAUUGAAGAAACGAUCGUUAUUCCGAACGAAUAUGAAGCUGGGGAAGUCAUUAGUUUGCAGAAUGAUAAAAUUACUGUUGUCUCUACUGAUCACAUGAGUUCUGAAGACACUAAUGAUGAUGAGGAACAAACGACGGAGACUAUUGAGUUCAAUGUCAUUGAGUAUACGGAUGUCGAAGGUAAUCAAGAGCUAAAGGUAGAGAAGGUCGAGUCUUGUGAGUAUGUAAAGACGUCUGGUGAUGAUGCGGUGGCUUCUUUGACGGUUGAUGAGUCUGCUAGCCAGGACAAGGAUGAGCUGAAAGAAAUUCAGGAGUCUUUGGUGGAGUCGAUGGAGGUAGAUGGGGCUCUGGAGAAUGGCCAGUGUGUUGAAGAGCACAUUGAGUGUAUAGAGAACGAGGAGUCGAGCGAGAGCAAAGAGGCGGGUUCGGAGAAAAGACGUAGUGUUAUUCAGGAUAUCUUUGAUGACUGGGGGGACGAAAAUGCUGAAGAAGAUUCUACUUCUGCUCAGUCUCAUGAUACCGUUGAGUUGGAACUCAAGAGUCUGCUGGAUGAUGAUAAAAGUUCUUCGAAACCAGAAGAGGUGGAGGCAACUAUCACAGUGAGGCCGAAAAAAAAUGCUGGAUUAUCUCCGACAGUUAAAACUCAGUCUGCAUCGCCGAGUGUUGAUUCUGCGGUUAAGAAAAUUGUUAAAGAUGAUUCUGUUAAACCACAGAUACAAAAGCUGACACCACCGAGAACGCCAGAGUCGACGAAAGUACCGAACAAAUUAUCGACUCCGCAAUCUGGGACACCCAAGUCCGCUGGACUUACUGAUAGUUUGUCUUCGCCGAGUGACGGCUCGCCGGUAGUCUUCAAGGGCUUCAAGAGCAAAGAGCUCGAGACAGCGAAAAAAGAAAUAAUUAUUGUUAAAAAAAUGAGAAAGGAAGCGAGUGAGUCAGUGACGUCUACGCCGGCAUCAGUUUCUUCUCAGGCUUCGUCGGCACCAGAAGACCGUCUGAUAUCCCCGGUGUCGAGUGAAAAAACUAGUACUGAUAAAGAACUUUUGGCUAUUCUUGAAGGCGACGUUGAUCCAGACUGGUCGGAUUUGAGGUCUCCAACGCUGGUUGAAGAGCCAGAGAAAAAGGACGAACUCGUUGUUCAACGGAGUUCGCCGACUAAAUUGGAUCCGUUGACGGAGCGCGAGCUUGCUUUGAAGCAGCUUCUAGAGCUACCAGCUACUCCUAAAAAAGCGUUGCCUCAGAAAAAAAAGUUUACGCCCAAGUUGAUCCGCCCGGCUAAGCCUCACAAGGAAGUUAAAGGAAUUGCUAAAGAAGUUAAAGAGGUUCCGAAGAAACUAGUGAGUAUUGAUUUGGUUGAUAAAGAUGCAAAGGAGGUGGUUCAGGAGCAAGAACUUGUGUCAAUUGAUUUAACAAGUUCUGAUGAUGUUAAGACUGAUGAAACUAGAUCAGGGAGAAAAAGAAAACCCACUGAGAAGGCGCGCGAGUAUGAAAUCAGUCCCAAGCGCCAGAAGACUGUCAAGAUCACCAAGACUACGACGAGCAAGAAAACAACUAAAGAUAAUUCUAGCGCUGGCAAGUCGAAAGAUUCUACGGAAAAUAAUUUAAACAAUGCUCCGGACAAUGCGGAAGUGAUAGAUAAGAAUAAAGAUAAGGAUAAAAAUAAAGAUAAGGAUAAAGAUAAAGAUAAAGAGGAUAAGGAUGAGUCAGAAGGAGAAAGCACUGAUACUACUGAUGUGAUAGAAAAUGAUGAAGAAGAAUCUGAAUCAAAGGCUGAUAAAGUUCCUGAUGAAUCUGCGAAGAAACCAAAGGACACGACGACCAAGAAAGCCGCGCCCUCUAAUGCUAAAAAGAAAGUCACCAAACCUAAAGCUCCAGCUCCGAAGAAGGCGCCGCCCAAGACGAUGGCUAAAAAAUCACCAAAAGUCACCAAGGCUGUGAAGAAAAGUCCUGACGGAACUGCUGAACCCAAACCGAAGAAAAAAAUAAUCGCUGAAAUAGACCGGCUGCUCCAGGACGAAGGAGUUGUCAAUUUGCUGUACGACGUUGAGCAGCCGAGCAAACGUCUUGUUCCAGUGACCAAAACCCAGGCUAAAGUGAUGGACAUGCAGAAAGUCCAACGUGAGUUAAAAAUCCGUACUAAACUUGUUCGUAAUGCUGUGCUGAGAUUACGAACCUCUGGAACUUCUCCUGCAAACGUCACCUCGAGAUCCAAGAGACACGAGCAGCAGCAAUCGUCACUUCAGUCGACGCCUGAAAAAAAAUCCGACUCGUCAAAGUCACCGCGUUCUUCGAUGGCAUCACCAACGGAAUUCAUGUUCCCCGCGAAAAUACGAAAUGCUGCGCAUGAGUCUAUUAUCAUCCGCAGACACUCCUCGAGUUCAUUUUCAAGCGCUUCGGGCAGUCCGCGGGUCAGCAUAGACGGGGUCGAGAGACAUUCGAAUGCGGACGGCAGCAAAAUGGAUGAUCAUACGUUGAGAUCCAAUAAGAGACGUCUGUCGCAGGAGGAUAAGAAAAAGUUUAUGCCUGAUUCCAAGAAAAGUAAAAAAGAUAUUGAUAAAAUAAAUGAUUUGAUGGCAAUGCUGCCUAAGAAUAAACAGCCCCAAUCGCUGGCCAAGACUGUAAAGAAAGCGGCGAUUGAUAAAAAAAUUAAGAAGCAGAUCGCUGAUAAUGAAGAUGAGAAUGAGGAAGAAUCUAAAGCCACUAAGAAUGGAGCUGCAGGAAAAAGUAACGCGAAGACUAAAAAAAUAACAAAGUCGAAAGUUUCUUUUGCUAAGGAAGAAGUUGACAUCAAAGAGGAACCAACUGAAGAGGACGACGCCCUGUCAGCUUGUCUUGCUGAGGCAGUGACAGCGUUGGCCACUGAAAAUACCGGUCGUACGAGAGCUGGGGCUGUCAGUAGAAAAACAAAGUCGCGUAGCGAUGCCGACAGUAUCAAAGCUAAAGAUAAAAUUCAGUUUAGUAAUAAAGAAAUAAUUGUCCAGAGACACGGGAAUCUCGUCCAGCUGAUUCUGACGCCAUCAACUUCUUCUAAAAUAAGAAACGGCUUGACGUUGCAGAUGAUCCAGGAGUUCCGCGAAGCUCUGACGAUACUCAAAAAGGACGAUGACUGCAGAGUUGUCUUACUCACCUCCACAGGGUCGAGCUUUUGCGAGGGACUCGACUUGUCUUCGCUUCUUCAAGAAAACAAAGACACCAGGCGGCUCCGAGCCCAAGAAUUAGCCAAUGGCGUCAAAGAUUUCAUAAAAAGUCUGGCUACUUUCAACAAGCCCAUUGUCGCUGGUGUCCAAGGGACGGCUGUAGGUCUGGGAGUGACGAUGCUACCGCUCUUUGAUCUUGUAAUCGCAAGUGAUAAGGCUACUUUCAGUACACCCUACGGCAAGCUGGGGCAAAUCGCCGAAGGCGCAGCUGUUUUUACUCUGUCUCAUGUCCUUGGUAGCGCAGUGACGAGUGAAUUAUUGCUGGGCGGAAGGACACUUACGGCGAAUGAAGCUCUGAGAGCAGGUCUUGUAACGAGAGUCCUCUGGCCUGAUCGAUUCCAAGUCGAAUUACUGCCAUCACUUCGCGUAAUGAGCGAGCAAUCAUCUCAGUCAAUGGAAGCUACAAAAGCGCUCCUACGCCACAGUCUUCGUAAGAAAUUAGACGCCGCCUUGGAGUCUGAGAGCUAUCUGUUGAUCCAGCAUUGGUGUUCAAUCGAGUGUCAGGAAGCAAUAAAAGCUUAUUUGGAUGAAAAAGUUCAGUGAGUUUACUAGCAUGGUAUAAAAAAAAUUUUAAUAUAAAUGAUAAAAAGAAAAACAAUAAAUGAUAGCGUUUAUGAUACUCGUUAUCGGUGAAUAAAAUAAAAAAAAAAAAUAGUGUGUAUGAAUUUAAAAAUGAAUAUAUUGUAGUGAGAUUUUUUUUCUCUUUAUACUUUAGAGCUGUGUAUAUUGCAUCAAAAAUUAAUCACUAGAGUCCGUGCGCUGUGAAAAAAAAUAAUAUUAGAAUCGUGUAUUUAAAUUUUUUAAAAUUCAAAUCGCAAUAAUGUCACAAGUUAUCAACUGGCUUUCAAAUAAUUAAUAUCAUCUUAUAAAACUCUGUGGAAUUGAUGCCUUCUGAUUGCCUCGAUCUCGAAGUACAUCGCGCCGGGGUUAAUUACUAAAUUACUAAUUAAAAUUAAACCAAAUGAAGAACAAAAAAAAUUUUAAAUAAAUAUUUUACGUGUAUUAAAAAUAAUUAUUAUCAUUAUUUCUUAUUUGGUAAUUAGAAAUAAUAAUUAUUGAGCAAAACGGACUUAAUUAUAUGGUUUAAAAUUAUUCAUUUUCAUUAGUAAUUAAUAUUUUAAUUAUCAGACAACUUAUACGUAUUACUUAACAUGUACUCGUCAUGUUUUAUAUUUUUUUUGUCUUAUUAUAUUUUAAUUAAUUAAUUAUAAAUAUUGUUAAAAUUAUAAAAAUUAAUUAUGUGUACGAGAAUCAAAUCAUUGACUUUUUUUCCGUACAAAAAAUAACAUUGAUAUUAAUAUUCGUAAAGAAAAAAAAUGUUUAUUAACAAAAAAAAUAUUAGAUAGAAAUAUAAUAAUAAUAAAUAGACUAUUGAUAUCAAUAGUUUAAUAAAAAAAUUUAUUAAAUAACUUUAUGUCUUGUUUUGUUUUAUUUUUUAAUUAAUUAAUUAUGCGCUAUAUAAAUAUGUAUUUAUAGAAUUUAAUAAUUUUAUUAUUUUUAAUUAACUAUCGAUUGCAAAGCAAAAUCAAUUAAUAUGUACAAUUUAUACGCAACUGUAUUUCGGGAAUCAGGCAGUAAAAAAAAAACAACCGUGUGAAUAUGGAAUUAUUGUAAUAAAAUAAAAUAGAAAUAGAAAUUUAAAAAUUUUAAUGUUUGUAAUAAUAGAUGGUGAUUAUUUUGCCGGUUGUACGUAAAAAUAAAUUAAUGGAUUGUAUUGAGGAAUAAUAAUAAUAAUUAAUUAUUGUGAAAAAGGACACAGAAAUGUGCUGUAAGAUUUAACGGUUUAAAACACAUGUAUUAUUUGAUAAAUAUAUAUAAAACCCGUACAAAUAUAAAUGAAAUAUUCACAAGCCAAUUUACGAUUAUUUUUUUUUCUUGUCAGUGUAUUAAAAAUAUAUCUUUCGGAAUAAUACUUUAGCCUAAGUCUUUUUUAUCAGCACUUGAGUUUGCGUGAAAAAAAAUCAACCAUUUUAAAAAGACGUCUUGAUAUUAAAAUUGCAUUGGCAAUUAAUUAUUUGAUUUUUGUAUAUAAAAUAACAUUUUUUUUAAAUUACUGUACACAUGUUUCAGUAAAUUUAACCGUCGGUAUGUAUCAAAAAAGGCCGAUUUUCUUUUUAAUAUCUAUUUGCUUCCAUGACGGAAGUUCUUUAAAUUCUUCUAUGCUCAUACCCAGCAGUUCC